AUGGGGUUAUGUCUCAAUAAACCCAUCAUAAGUGGAAAAUAUCAUAAGGAGCGCCACACGGAGAGGGACGCCGCGGCCCGGGGCGCAGCAGCAAAGCACGCCAGGAGCGCCCGCAGCCCGCGGGAGGGGGACGGUAAAAGGCGCGGCAGACAAAGAGGCAGGGAGCGGCCGGGGGAGAGCGAGCAGCAGCGGGGGCGCGGAGCCGAGAGGCAGGCAGCGAGCGACGACCGGGGCUCAGCGGCGGCGGACACCGGGGCGCGGCUGACACCGCAGGGCUCACACCGCGACCCGGGCCGCGGACGCCCAGCCGCGCGACAGAAGCAGCGGCGACCCCGAGCAGCUGCGCUCCGCGCACUCACCACUGGGAGCUCCGUAAUGGCGGCGGCGGAGGCGGAGAGCCCGGGGGGCGGGACCGCCACAGCCAGUCACCGCCGCCGGCAUCUUUCGAACCGGCUCCGAAAACCGCUGGGGGAGUGGGGUGAGGGGCAGGGCGGGGGCGGCGGCGGGCCCCGCGGAGGGCCCCGGGAGCAUGCGCAAGCCCUCAGCCAAUCGGAGCGCGGCGGGACGACGCUGGCGCAGGCGCGCUGGGGCGCAAGGCCCUAG